AUGGUUGACAAGCAAUACAUCGAGCCGGGCGAAACAUUUGUGGCGCAUCAGAAUGAUCCCAGUGGGCAUAUUCCAAAGCUUAAACAGACUUUUCAAGAUUAUAUCGAUACUUCUAGUCCAAAAGGGUUACUUUAUUUAAUAGAUUCCUCCCAUAACUUAUUAAUUUACAACGCUGACAGUAAUACCAAGGAAAAACAAAUUUUGGAGACUCCAGAACCACUAGACUACGGAACAUGUAUGGCUCAGCUUCCAAAUGGUAAGUUAUUCUUUUACGGCAGAUACCAAGGCUCGGGGAUUACUUUGCUUAUUGAUGAAAAUUGAUUAGUUCACAAAUUGCCAUCUGGAAAGCCUUGUAGAUGAUCUUCAGCUAUCUUUUUCAACAAUAGUAUCUAUUGUUUUGGAGGAAAGGAUCAAAAUGAUCAUCGUUUACCCCUAUCUCGUAGAUUUGAUUUGGAUGAAAAUUGAUGGAUUGAACUAACUCAAAUGCCACAAGCUUGUUUUAAUUGCGACAGUGUAAUUUUUAAUAGAAAUAUUUUGAUUUCUGGAGUUUCUAUUAAAAAUCUUUUGCUGUAUUCAAUUGAUACUGACUCUUUCUCUACAAUUCCUUAUGAUUUUGCAAAAAAUAAAAGAAAGAUCCUGAUAAAUGCAGAAAAGAAAUUGUACUUGAUUGAGAGUCGGAAUCGGUCGAUCUAUGAAAGCGAUAUUGAAAGCUACACCAAUUGGAGAAAAAUUGGAGACUCGCCAAUUGAUAUUCAUCCUUUUCAAGUGUAUUGAACGCAUAAUAAAGGAGAAAUAUGUAUUGGGUGCAUAAACUAUGCAUCAUCUGAAUACUACUUCAAAUUUGAUCUUGAUAAAAAAACGUUGGUUAAAUUAGAAUAA